GAACGUUCAGAAAUAAGUCGGGAAUUGUUCAUUGUGCUCAGUCACAAAAAAUCAGUUCUAAAAAUUGAACUAAAUUUCAAAUUUAUUUAUUGUUUUGGAAAAUAAUACUUUUCUCAUUUUUUUCGAAUUAAAAUUUCUAGUUCAAAAUGUGUUUGAUUUGCAAUUGUGGGUCUUUCGAUUGUUAUCCUGAUAGAAUAUGGUGCAUUUUCUUUGGAGCAUGGAACUUAGCCAUUGGUUUACUUAUAUUAAUAUCAAUAAUCUUCAGUUUAAGCAAUGAAUUGAAAAAACCUGUAAUACAAGGUAAAAGCUAUAUUGAUAGCAGGGAUACUAAAAAGGGUAGAAGCACUUCCCUAGUUAUCGCGAAUAUUAUAAGUCUUUUAAUUGCCAUAUUGCACAUGCUCUCUGGGAUAUUCAUACUUUUGGGAUUGUUCUUGCCAUCAAAAACUUGGUUUCGUAUAGGGAAAUCUAUAAGCCAUAUUCUGCCAUGGGCUUCCGUUUUGACGAUAAUAUUGCCAAUUGUGCAUCUCAUAUGUUUAUUCAGGGUGUGCAGGUAUUACAAAGGGAUGUGAUGCAAUUUUGGAAGUGCGCGUGUGCGAAUUUAUUUUAUUUUUCCCUGCCCACCGUCUUAGUUCCGACAUAAGAAACGGAAUCGUUCACGUCGCCCUUACAAAAGUCGAUCUCAUGUAGAUCUGUUGAUCUAAUAAACUAAAAAUUCAAUAUUGUUCGUUGCUUCAAGAAUGAGCCGUUCAUUCUUGAUUGGAUUCCAUUCAACAGGUGAGGUCUGAUCUACGUUUGCAUGGGCCAUCAAUCAGGUCAUCAAUUGAUGCGAUUAUCAUCAUAAGAAUUGGAGUUGUCGUAAACGCAAAUCGGUAUUAAGGACAAACCGACAUACCCAUUAACCCGGACACGGCUCGUCGCCUGCCCAUUCCGGCGACAUCCACAAGGAUAACUUCGGGGCAACUUGAACAAAUGCAAAUAUCAUAAUUUCUAACGUCAUGUCUGCAACGUCGUAACCGGAACGGCAAUCAGUCAGUUCGGGGCAGGGGCUGGUUUUGGGGAUAGGCCACAAAAUGUCUCGGGCAUUAAGGCAUUCUCGUCAUCAUUGGGGGGCGGGGAAAUGAAAUUGUUUUGCCACGCCACCGCGAAGGUUGCUGCCACAGUCAAAAUGAGGCAGGAGCACGCAAGACCCGACUCGACCUGCUCCGACAUCAGACUUAUUUAUUUACUCUAAAAACCAUACAAGAAAAUUAAUGGCAAUUUGCUUGGUUUCAUAAAUAUGUCGAAAUGAAUGUUCUUAACAAGUGAAUGCCGUGGCAGAAGCAAAGACAGAGACAGUGGCAGACAGUAGCUCAGGGAUAGAGCCCUUCCAAAAUCUGUUUCGUCUAGCCCCAUUCUCUGCCACCCCCCACACACACCCCCCCCUCCCUGCUGCAUAUUGAUUGCCCAGGUCGAGGCUUCGGCUUUGUGGCCCCGCUCUUAUCAGCUUGCUUCUAAUUGGAUUUGUUCGGGCAGCCGCCCCCUUUUAAAACUCAUUUGGCGUUUUGCUGCACGACUCCGACUGUGCGUGACUUUGUCUCGAACUGGUUAAAGCUAUCCGCGGAUCGGGCUUUAAUUUCAAUCAAGUGCAAUUAAUUAAUCCGUUCGCUGCUCCGACCCUCUUGCCCCUAGAGCACGGGUUUCCUGAGAUAUUAAUAAUGUAACUUUAUUGAAGUUUAUUGCGGGUUGUCAGCGCAUGCAAACUAACAUACAGACCAAAGAAGAGCCCAAGGGCUGCCAUAACUAUCAGCAACAGGGGAAAGGUGGUGGAGCAGGAGGAGCCGUAGGAGUCGGGCCAUAGACAAGCCACAGGCCAAGUAAAUAUGAGGCGAAGGUGAAACAACUCAGUUUGCCAGCAACGAGUGCUUCGAACGGACGUCCGCCGGAUAGGACCGGCGAGCUGAACCGAGUACUACCUUUAAAGUCUGCGACUGGGUCUCGCGUUCAAGGAGUUACAAUUGAUCCAUCAGGAUCACACGUAACCUACCAGAAUGCCGCGGAAGAAGCAGAAGGUGGACACUAUCGAGGAGAUCGAGACCACCAUAAAGCUGCUCUGUGAUCAGUCCAAUAACCACAUGAAAGUUCGCGAAUAUGAUAAGGCUUUGUUCGGCUACAAUCAGGCUCUGGAGCUGAACAGCACGGACAUCAAUGCCUUGAUAUCGCGCAGUAAGUGCUAUCUGCUGCUGGGCGAAGCCUCCAAGGCACUGCAGGACGCGGAGACAGCCCUCGGAGAGGAGAAGAACAAUAUACGAGCCAUCUACCAAAAGGCGGAGUCGCUCUACUAUUUGGGCCAGUUCGAGCAGAGCCUCAUGUUCUUCCACCGCGGACUACGCGCUCGCCCCGAGCUGGCAUCCUUCCGACUGGGCGUGCAAAAGACCCAAGAAGCCAUCGAGAACACCAUCGGCACCAAGCCGCGUGCACCUCCGUCCGCCCCAAAGAGCGGCAAGUCGCGCAAGUCCGACGACAACAUGUCAAAGUCGCAGAUGCUUAACAGUCCCCGUCCGCAGACGACGCGUCAGAAGCCCACUAAGGCGGACCUGGAGCGCCGCAAUGCUCGGAAGCUCCUGGGAGAGCUAUGCGUGGACAAAGAGUAUCUGGAGAAGCUGUUGCUACAUCCGGACCUGGUACGCGCCGACACCAACACGGAGAACAUAUCCACGUUUGCCAAGGAGGCGGUCGAGUUCCUCCACAAACGACAAGAGUUCUGGCGACAGCAGCGGCAAUGCACGGCUCUUCCCAACCACAAGAACCUGCCCAACGAUGCGAUGCCCAAGUGGUUCUAAUUGGACCGACAGGAAUGGCCAGUGGUGUGUUAAGUUUUUGUUUCCAUUUGCGUUGUGUUUGAUUCGUGGACUGCAAUAAACCGGAGCAAGAUGUAGAUUAUA